AUGAUUCAAUUGGGCCACCCCGUUGUAGAUGCAGCUGCUGAAGAUGAUGCUUUGGCUGGGACCUAUAAAGAUCGGAGACUCGAACCAAUCCCUGGAUUCAUGCAGGAUGUUAUUGAACGGUUAAUUGCUAUGCAAAUUGUUACUGUGAAGCCAGACUCUUGCAUUAUUGACAUCUUCAAAGAGGGUGACCACUCACAGCCUCAUAUGUGGCCACAUUGGUUUGGAAGGCCUGUGUGUGUGCUGUUCUUGACGGAAUGUGAUAUGACUUUUGGGAAAGUAAUUCUGGCAGAUCAUCCUGGGGAUUAUAGAGGCUCUUUAAAGCUUUCUCUCACACCUGGAUCAAUGCUUGUAAUGCAAGGAAGAGCUGCAGAUUUCGCCAGACAUGCACUUCCCUCGCUACGAAAACAUCGCGUACUGGUUACAUUGACAAAGUCACAACCGAGGAAAACCCCAAGUGAUGGUCAGCGCUUCUCUUCACCUGUAGUAACGUCACACUCACACUGGGUCUCACCUCCCAGCAGGUCACCAAAUCAUAUUCGUCAUCCCGUGGGUCCCAAGCAUUAUGGGUCAUUGCCAACAACCGGGGUAUUACCAGCUCCAGCUGCUUGUCCACAGCUUCCACCUCCAAAUGGCAUCCAGCCAAUUUUUGUGCCCUCGACAGUUGCAACAGCCAUGCCUUUUCCUGCACCAGUUUCUCUCCAACCCGCCUCAGCUGGGUGGACUGCAGCUCCUCCACCUCGUCUACCUGUCCCUGGCACUGGUGUUUUUCUUCCUCCUGGUUCGGGCAAUGCAUCAACUCCAUCAUUAUCAUUAGCUACGGCAACCGAGAGCUUUUCUAUGGAGACCCUGUCCCUGUCAGAGAAGGGCAAUGGUUCAGGAAAACCAAAUGGUAACAACAGUGCUUAUCCGAAAGGUAAAGUAGAUGAAAUAGUGCAAUGGCAGGAGUGCAAUGGCAUGAACGACGGAACUGGUGGGACAAUGUUGACGACAAAGGAAGAACAGCAGCAAAGUGUUGAUUCAAAUACAGCUGGCAAACCAGCUGGGGCAGUUUAG